CACACGAAACGACAGGGUGUACCCAGUCACUGCAGGAGAGCCAAUCACAACAGUUUCUAAUCGUUACCCGUCGGCACCAAGGCGUCGGCACAGUCUGCCCAUGGAGUCGGGAGAGUUGAUAGUAAAAAUCCUGACCUAAAUCUGGACCAAAUCAAGCCAACUCAAACAGACAUUACACAGUGUUGCGUUGCCAGCUUUCUCUCUUCUCACUACACUGCAGCGGUCCCUAACUGAAGAAGACCUGGCAAGGAUGAAGUUGGCAGUGUUUCUUCUGCUGACAGCCGCGCUGAUUACAGGCAUUCGGAGCCAAAAAUGUCUCUGCCCAGACGAGAGCGGGGACUCGGCGGCGGGAGUGUACAGUAUCCCCGCUGGGCAGACGGUGUGUGUCGCCCCGAAGGCCUACACGACUCCUGCCGGUAAAGAGGAGACGGCGGAGGUAGAGCAGCUGCGGGAGGAGGUCAGGUCGCAGGCGGAGGAGAUCGCCAGGUUGGAGAGCGAGAGGUCGACGAUGCAGAGGAUUCUGCUGAACUACAGUACAUCAGCUAUCACCCUGCUCAACCGCUUCGAUAGCAUGGCCGAGGUAUAGAAGGGGUGACGUAAGCAUUA